AUGGAACGACUAGGGUGCAAAGCAUGGAACGAUACGACGGCGCGCCUGCAUGGUGCAAGCUCCGGAAAACAGAUGCACACCGCCUCUUUCGGACACUUUCCGACGUGGCUGAAGUCGUGCGGGAAGGGGUGGUCUGACCUGUGGCCGCUGUCAACCCACACCGUCUUCUCGCCCAUUGAGACUAUAGUCUCUGUCUUCGUUCUAGCCACCCUCGCCUACUUCCACAUUCUCUCCGGCAUCAAGCACUCCUCUUUCUUCGGGCCUUCGCAUCCUCCGGCCCUCCGGCCCGCCUACGCCCGCCUCACCGACGGAGAAUGGGUACCAGUCACUCAACACGAAUGGGCUGAGGCAUGGAAGCACCCCGGGGCUGGCGUUGGCGCGCUCGAGUUGCAGCAGCUCGUCUUCACACUUGAUGACAAGACGGCGAAGACCGACCUCGACGCGUCUGCGGUCGCGCAGUUCCUCGUCUCCGACCUCCCGUCCCUCUCUGGCAAGGCGUUCCCAUCCAUUUGCCACCACCCUGGAAACAACGGGUCUGAGACUCCGUGCUUUACGGUGGUCUCGCCACCCGGCGUUUCUCCUGUUGUCUCUCUCACGUUCCAGCCUGGCAGCCGCGAAGAUUGGCUCGGCGCGCUUCGCAGGGAGAAGGAGGUUGUGGUUGACGGCAUCAAGUACGGCGUAGACGCUGGCAAGCGCGAAGUGAGCAUCGGCGAGAUGAAGAGCAGCAAGUGGGUCGCCUAUGCCCUCAGCGCCCUCGUAUUGCGCUUUUGGGAGCUUGCGAAGAAGGCCGACUCCCUCGACAUUGUUGUCGUUCUGACUGGCUACGUCCUCAUGCAUGUGACUUUCCUCCGACUCUUCCUCUCGUCCCGCGCCCUGGGCUCCAACUUCUGGCUCUCCACUGGCAUCUUCUCGUCGGCCAUUAUUUCGUUCCUUUUCACCUUGCCCUUGUGCCGGUCUCUCGACAUCCCUCUCGACCCGAUUGCGCUCACGGAGGCGCUUCCUUUCCUCGUCUGUACCGUCGGCUUCGACAAGCCGCUUCGCCUCGCGCGCGCGGUCUUGGCUCACCCGCACAUGCUCAAGCCUCAGGAAGAUGGUCGCAUGAAGACCGCCGGCGACGUCAUCCUCGAGGCGCUCGAUCGCGUCGGCAACGUGAUUCUGCGCGACUACGCGCUCGAAAUCGCCGUACUCCUCGUUGGUGUCAACAGCCACGUCGGCGGCCUCAAAGAGUUCUGCUCCGUCGCUGCGGUCGCGCUCGCCAUGGACUGCGUGAUGACUUUCACGCUCUACUCCGCGGUCCUUACCGUCAUGGUGGAGGUCCGUCGUAUCAAGAAGGCCCGCGACAUGACGCGUUCCCGGUCCAGCUCUAUUACUGCAGUUACGGCUGCUGGCAAGCCUGUGCGUGGAGCGCUCUCUCGCUCGAGCAGCAAGCAAAACCUCGCUGCUGAGGCCCCGAAGAACCUUGGGUCGCGCGUGUCGGACUCAGUCAUCGGUGUCAAGGGCUCGUUGCUGAAGGAGGGCGGCAAGUUGCAGGAAGUGGAGGAGAACCCUAUGGCCAGGCUCAAGCUUCUCUUGAUUGCCUCUUUCCUCACUCUCCACAUCCUGAACUUCUGCACUACCCUCACCCCCGCCACUGCCAAUGCUCGCCACCAGAGACACCCGCUCCGCACCGUCCCCGAAGCUCCUACUCCCCGCGUUGACAUGAACAGCCCUGGCAUCGCGCAUGUUCUCUCCGCUCUCUCCGUUUCCGAGAGCAUGCCCACGAUUGCAGACGUUUCCCACCCUGUCGAGGUUGUCGUGAAGAUUGCUCCUCCCGUCUAUCUUCAUGCUGUUCCGACUGCCCCUCUCUCGCAACCCAAGGCAGGCACCGGCGAAGCCAUCGAGCAUUUUAUGACUUCCUGGAGCUCUCUUGUUGGCGACCCCGUCGUGUCCAAGUGGAUUGUUGCCCUCCUCGCGGUUAGCGUCGCCCUCAACGGCUUCCUUCUAAGGGGUAUCUCCGCUGGCUCCGGCCUAGCUGCAGUGCGUGCGGUUCGCAGUCAAGGUGUGCGCUUCCGUUCUCGCGCCCGCUCCAUCGUCAAGCUCGCGGAGGAGCCGGAAGAAGAGGAGGAACACCACGCCCCCGCCCCCGUAGUCUUCAUGGCGAGCGCUGCACCUACUGUCGCUAUCCCCGCUGCGUCCACCAAGGGGCCCGAGGUCGGGCAUGAAGUCAAACCCGCUCUCAGCAUCCUCAGCCGCCCGCUCAACCUGGAUAGCGUCGACCAGAAGCUCAAGAACACUCUGCCUAUCCGCUCCCCUCCUCCCGUCGAGCCUAUCACCCCCGAGACUCCCGACAUGGAGCCUGCCAUGGAGGUUCGCUCCCUUGCGGAUUGUGUGGACGUGUUUGAGAACGGUCCUCGCCCUGUGUCGGUGGCGCUCAAGACUCUCAACGAUGAAGAAGUAAUUCUGCUCAGCCAGACCGGCAAGAUUGCGCCUUACGCGCUGGAGAAAAUGCUUGGUGACUACGACCGUGCUGUCCGCAUCCGUCGUGCUCUUAUUUCCCGCGCUUCCCGAACUAAGACUUUGGAGAACUCCCUCAUCCCUGUCAAGGAUUACGACUACUCCCGGGUUAUGGGUGCUUGCUGCGAGAACGUUAUUGGUUACAUGCCUCUUCCUCUCGGUAUCGCCGGCCCGCUCAAGAUCGACGGUCUCAUGUACCCUAUCCCGAUGGCCACCGCCGAGGGUACCCUCGUCGCGUCUGCAUCUCGUGGAUGCAAGGCUCUCAACGCCGGCGGAGGUGUCACUACCGUUCUCACCGCCGAUGCCAUGACCCGCGGACCCGCUAUCGACUUCCCGUCCGUUGUCCGCGCCGCCGAGGCCCGUGCCUUCAUCGAGUCCGAGGACGGCUACGCCGCCAUUCGAGAAGCCUUCGAGUCGACUUCACGCUUUGCUCGCCUGCAGAAGAUCAAGUGCGCGAUGGCCGGCCGGACACUCUUCGUUCGCUUCGCGACGCGUACCGGCGACGCGAUGGGUAUGAACAUGAUCUCGAAGGCGACGGAGAAGGCACUCGAAGUGCUCGGUCACCAAUUCCCGGAGAUGAUCGUCCUCGCGCUCUCGGGCAACUACUGCACGGACAAGAAGCCCGCGGCGAUCAACUGGAUCGAGGGCCGCGGGAAGAGCGUCGUCGCGGAGGCCGUCAUCCCUGGCAAGGUCGUGAAGACGGUGCUGAAGACCACGGUCGAGUCGCUGUGCAACGUGAACACGAAGAAGAACCUGAUCGGAAGUGCGAUGGCGGGCUCGGUCGGCGGGUUCAACGCGCACGCGGCGAAUAUCCUCACUGCGAUCUUCCUCGCGACUGGCCAGGACCCGGCUCAGAACGUCGAGAGCUCGCAGUGCAUGACGCUCAUGGAACCAACGAACGGCGGCGAGGACCUGCUAGUGACAAUCACAAUGCCCUGUAUCGAGGUCGGCACGAUUGGCGGCGGCACGAUCCUCAGCCCACAGUACGCGGUGCUCGAAAUGCUCGGCAACGCGCAACAGCUCGCGCGGAUCAUUGCCCUCGCCGCGGGCCACCUCGUCCGCGCGCACCUCGCGCACAACCGCUCGCAGCUGAACACGCCGAUGCCCUCACGGCCGCACACGCCUGCGCCGGAGACUGCGGAGCUGCAGAUGCAACUGCCGACGCCGGGCCCGGCGGAGGAGAAGGCACAUGCGGUGGGAUACAUCGUGGAGGCCAAGUGA